AUGGUCAUAUACGGACCAGCCGCAUUUCUCACAAAGGCAUCCAUUCUCCUCAUCCUGACCCGAGUAUUCGCCCCGUACAGAAAAACGGUGAGGUUCAUAUACAUAUACUUCGGGGUGCUGCUCGCAUACUAUAUCCCGGCCAUCAUCGUCAAGAUCCGCAUCUGCAUUCCCAUUUCCCACUUCUGGAUGGGUCAGACCUCAAACGGCUCCUGUUUGGAUGAACGGGCAAUCAUCCUGGCGGAUGCAAUUAUUAGUGUCGUGAGCGACUUGACGAUUUUGAUCCUGCCACUUCUCCUGACCCAUUCUCUGAAGAUGUCGCUCAGGAAAAAGAUUCGGGUCAUUGGAAUCUUAGGUGCGGGUGGGUUGGCUUGUGCGUCGAGCAUAGUGAGGUUGGUGUUGAUUGUUCAAAGGGGGAAGGCUGAAGAUCAGACUUAUGUGUUCAUGCAAAUCAAUCUCUGGGGGAACGCCGAAGUGAGCAUCGGUAUAAUCUGCGCCUGUCUCCCGUCACUUGCAGCCCUUCUCAACCGCAUAUCGAAUGAAUACAUGUCGCGAAAUGGCAGCAGGAGUUGCGAUUGCGAGCUGGCUGGAACAAAUACGCUGACCGGAUCCAGUUCCAAGAUAAUUGGCUCACAGGGCAGUUUCAAUGAGACGGGAUCUGACCAAGGCAUUCUACCACCACAGACACAGUCGGAUUUGAAGGUCGAGACUGCAAUCCGGGCUGACCAGCCAGGCACUUCGCAUGGCCAUCAUCGCGGAGGUCAUUCGUUUACCGGACAUGGGAUCAUGAAGACGGUAGAUGUUUCCCAUACAAUCACAACCGUGGAAGAAAUCGGGAGGCGGUGA